GGAGCUUGUAAUAUUCAUCAUCAAAAAGCAAAUGCUUAGAAACAACGCAUGCAUUUUAAAAUUGAGAAACUAAAACUAUAAGAACAGGUGAAGACUUUGGUUAAUUUUAUACAAAGCAUUUGCAGUUGAGCUGAACCAAGAUGAGCCAUGGUAGACACAAUCAUGAGUCUAGUGACAGAAAUCUGUUUUCAAAUGGCUAUCCAGUAGGUGGAUCCUAUUCCUAUCCUCCUCAAGGAGGCUAUUAUCCACCACAAGCUGCAUAUCCACCUCAAGGAGGUUACUACCCUCCACAACAGUAUCCACCUUCUGGUUAUCCUCAGUCAGGAUAUAAUCAACCAGCUUAUCCUGUAUCACAUGGCUAUCCAUCUGCAUAUCCUUCAGGACAUGGUGGUGGUAUAGGAGGAUUGUUUGCAGGAGCUGCGCCUGGAUAUGGUUCUCACCGUCUGUCACAUGGACAUGGAGGUUAUAAUCAUGGUUAUGGACAUGGAAAGUUUAAGCAUGGAAAGUUUGGCAAGCACGGAAAAUUCGGCAAGCGAUGGAAGUGAUGCAGUGGCGAAUAUAUUAAAUAUGCAACUUUGAGCAUGAUCAUAAUAACUACUGAAUUUUCAGAUGAAUAAUGUAUGCUAAUUGUUAUUAGCAAGAUACUAAGUUUCAAUUGGAUGUUUUUUGUUUAUUUAGCACUAUUACUAUCUUGUGCCAAUGUGUGUGGAUGUUGUAUGUAUGUAUGUAUGUAUAUGAAAGCCCUCAACUUAGGGCCUGUUUGGAUACAUUUCUUGUUUGCAAUUUGCAAAUGCCACAAUUGAUUUCAAGAA